AUGAUUAGCAUCAGUUACAAUCAAUUACAAGGACAAGUUCCAAAAUCAUUAGCCAAUUGUUCAUCGUUACAGUUGGUUGAUUUUGGUAACAACCAAAUAACUGAUACUUUUCCUUCUUGGUUGGGAAAUCUUUCAGAGUUGAGAAUUCUGAUUUUGAGAUCUAACCAUUUUUAUGGUGUGAUAGAUCAAAAACCCAAAACCAAAGGCUUUCCAAGUCUUCGAAUCAUCGACUUAUCCGGCAAUGGUUUCGUUGGAAAGCUGCCAUCGGUGUACUUAGACAUCUGGGAAACCAUGAAAACCAUAAAAGCAAACCACAUGACAUACAUGGGGGAAAAUAUAAGGCCCAAUUUCACAGACGUCGAUACUUACUAUGAGGAAUAUGAUUACUCAAUGACUAUGUUCAACAAAGGAGUGAAACUGGAAUACGACAAGAUUCAAGAUAUUUUCCUUGUCAUUGAUUUCUCCAACAACAGAUUUGAAGGAAAAAUCCCAGAAAUCAUUGGAAACAUUAAAGGGCUUAAUCUACUCAACCUUUCAAACAACCUUCUCAAGGGUCACAUACCACCAUCUUUAGCAAGUUUGAGCUCAUUAGAGGGAUUAUUAGAUCUUUCAAAGAACAAGCUUUCAGGAAAGAUACCUCCAGAGCUCACUCAGCUCACUUUCCUUGCUUUCUUUAAUGUCUCCUACAACGAGCUUGAAGGGCCAAUACCACAAGGGAAACAAUUUGAUACAUUUCAAAGCAAUCAAUAUGAGGGGAACUUGGGAAUAGGUGGAGCUCCUUUGACAAAGAAAUGUGAAGAUUUUGGGGACUCACCACCAUUUUUUCCAACUUCGGAUGAUGAAAGCAUAGCUCUCUUUAAAUUCAACUGGAUAGUAAUAUUAAUGGGCUAUGCAUGUGGAUUGGUAAUUGGAGUAGUUGCUGGAAAUGAGGUGACCAAAAGAAAGAAUGCUUGGUUUUUGAAGAUUUUUGGCAGGAAAAAGUAG